GCUGCUUUUGGACACCUUCUCGAUGCCCGUAUCCUGCGCGCCCUCGCCAAGCUUGGCUACUCCCGGCCGACCCCAGUGCAGCUUUCGAGCGUGCCCGUGGCCCUCUCGGGACGAGAUGUGCUUGCAAGAGCGAGGACAGGAAGUGGCAAGACGCUGGCAUAUGCGCUGCCCCUCGUCCAGAAGGUCCUCCUGGCCAAGAAGGCCCUCUCGAAAUCCGACACGUCCUACCAGAGGACCCGUGCCAUGGUCCUCGUGCCCACACGGGAGCUCAGCGAGCAGGUGACGGCCCAGCUGGGAGCGCUGCUCCCCUUCUUGGAGCGCGAUGUGAGCGUCGUGAAUGUUGCGCGCGAUGCAUCGCACCACGUCCACAAGGUCCUCCUCUCUGAACGGCCCGACAUCGUCGUGGCCACGCCCAGCCGGGCCCUGGCUCACGUUCAGGCGGGCACGCUUGACCUGUCGAACCUCGAAACACUGGCCAUUGACGAGGCCGACUUGAUCCUCAGCUAUGGCCACGACGAGGCGCUGCGCAGCCUGCCCCUUCCAAAGGGCCUGCAAUGUCUCUGCAUGAGCGCGACGAUGACCAAGGACGUGACGGCACUAAAGGGCCUUGUGCUGCACAAUAAGCCUGCCAUUCUGGACAUCGCCGACCCGGAGCUGUCGAACCUGACGCAAUUCAAAGUCAUCGUCGAGUCGUCGACGGACAAGUUCCUACUCCUCUACGUCAUUCUUAAGCUGCGGCUGAUCCGGGGCAAAUGCAUCAUCUUUGUCAACGACGUCGACCGGGGCUAUCGGCUCAAGCUGUUUCUGGAGCAGUUUGCCAUCAAGUCGACGGUGCUCAACGAGGAGCUGCCCGUCAAUAGCCGAUACCACAUCGUGCAGGAGUUCAACAAGGGCGUGUACGACUACAUUAUUGCGACGGACGAGAGCCGGUUCGGCGCUGAUGCGACUGAUGACGAAAGCGCGGCAACAAGAGUCGAAGAGGUGACAGAGACAGAAGCGAAGGAGAGUACAGAGGAUGGUGAGGAUGGUGAGAACGCGAGUGAAGACGAGCAAGGCGAGAAGGAGGAAGGGGCAGAGAAGGAAGAAGAGGAAGGGGCGACAACAUCAAAGAGCAAGGGCAAGAAGCACAAGCCGGCAAAGGGCGAGGGCAAAUCGAGCAAAAAGCAUGAAUACGGUGCUUCGAGGGGCAUCGACUUCGUUGCCGUCUCUUGCGUCGUCAACUUUGAUCUGCCCGUCUCGACGCGAGGCUACACGCACCGCGUGGGACGAACGGCGCGUGCGGGCAACACGGGUACGUCGCUGUCGUUUGUCGUGCCCGAGGAGGCCUUUCGCAAGGACAUGCAGCCUGGAUCGUCGUCUCGGCCGCUCGUCUGUGCGACGACGGAACGCGACGAGACUGUGUACGCCAAGAUUGAGGCGCAGGAGCAGGCAAAGGGCCAGGAGAUUCGCGACUGGCGCUUCGACAAGAAGCAGGUCGACGCCUUUCGCUACCGGAUGGAGGAUGCGCUGCGGAGCGUGACGCGGGCCAGCAUCCGCGAGGCGAGGAUCAAGGAGAUCAAGAAUGAGUUGCUGAACAGCGAAAGGCUCAAGGCCCACUUUGAGGACAACCCUUCGGAUCUCCUGUACUUGCGCCACGACAAGGCGCUGCAUCCGACGAGGGUUCAACCUCAUCUCCGCCAUGUCCCCUCGUACCUCAUGCCCCGCAUCCGAUCGGCCGUCCCGGCCCCGGCCCCCGUCGAAGGAGGCGACGCCGCAAAGAGAAAGAGGACCGACGAUGAUGCCGAGGGUUUGGGCUAUGUCACAUUCGCAAAGAACCGCAACGCAAACGGGUCGCGGGGCGGACGAGGCCGGGGCAGGGGCAGGGGUCGCGGAGGCGCCUCUUCCAACGGACGGUCAAUGAGCAAGAAGAAGAAGGCAGAUCCACUGCGCAAGUUUGGC